UGGGACGGCUGCUGCGCGGGCCGGUAGAAGGGUGACCGGUGAGCAGCCGGUAGUAAGGGCCGUUUUUCCGCUAUGGCGUUUCCACAGCUGGCGGUAGGGUCGGUAAAGGCUGAAGGCCCAGGAUGGAAACACCCGAGUAAAAGGCUGCGGGGCGCUGCAGCAGGACACUGUGGUUCGGCCCCCGGGGGCGGAGCGGCUCGGCACGGCCCCGCACGGCACGGCCCGCCCCGCUCCCACACCCGCUGCCGCCGCCGCCGCCUCAUGGAGCCGCACGGGCCCGCCUGCCCCGGCAGCGUUCUCUUCGGCUGUGAGCUGACUGCCAGUACCAAAUCCUACACAUUUCAGGUGGAUGAAGAAGAUGACUCUGACCACAUUUUAGCACUGUCUGUGGUGUGCCUCACUGAUGGUGCCAAGGAUGAGUGCAACGUGGUGGAAGUCAUUGGGCGAAACCACGAGAACCAGGAGAUCGCUGUGCCUGUGGCAAAUCUGAAGUUGUCAUGCCAGCCCUUGCUGAGUCUGGACAACUUCAAGCUGCAGCCUCCAGUGACCUUUCGCCUGGCAGCAGGCUCUGGGCCAGUGCACCUCUCUGGCUGGCACAGGAUCAUGCACAGGGAAGGUGCUUCCUUUGAGGAGGAUGAUGAUGACUUGUCUGAGGAGGAUGAGGAGGAGCUUCCUCCUAUUAUGCCAGCCAAGAAGUAGGAGGAGGAAGCAGGUCUUGUCUCCAGGCAAGGUACUCACUGGGACCUUCUCUCCCUGGAUGGUUGAUGGUUUUUACCUUGGACACUGACCUUAAGACCUCAACAUUUGCUUUUUUUUUUUUUUUUUUUUUAAUGCUGUUUCAGCUUUUUAGGGGAGCAGGGGCUGCUCCAACCACUAGCCCUGGAGAGUGAUCCCAAAAGUGGAUGGAUGCUGCUGGUAUAUCCCCAAUCCCUGUUCUGGGAGUUGUGCCUUUUUGCUGCCCUGGACCUCUGCUCUGUGCACUCCCUUUCCCUGGCUGUGAUAUACUCAGUCCUGGCCCCUUCUCCAGCAGAUGUAUAUAAAACCAGCUGUGGAACAGGCACUUUCACUGAUUCUAACGUGUUUGCUUUUGCUUACUCACAGUUUGGUGCUUUUUAUGUACUUGGAAGUGUGAAAAUGGGGCCCAGGCUCUGUUCUUGACUGCAGUUAUGGUGGGGUGGGAGCUCACAGCCUGUCUGAUUUGGGGGAGGUUCUGGGUCAAUCUGGAUUGUAAAGAACUGUUAUUACACUCAAUAAAGAUCUCUCAGGCUCAGGUCUGAAGAAAGGUCA